GGCCGCUGCCGCCGCCGCACCAUGCCGCGGGUCGUCCCCGACCAGCGCAGCAAGUUCGAGAACGAGGAGUUCUUCAGGAAGCUGAGCCGAGAGUGUGAGAUUAAAUAUACUGGCUUCAGGGACAGACCUCACGAAGAAAGACAGGCCAGGUUUCAGAAUGCGUGCAGGGAUGGACGGUCUGAGAUAGCUUUUGUGGCCACAGGAACCAAUCUGUCUCUCCAGUUUUUUCCGGCCAGCUGGCAGGGGGAGCAGCGGCAGACACCAACUCGGGAGUAUGUUGACUUUGAAAGAGAGGGAGGCAAGGUCUACUUAAAAGCACCUAUGAUUCUUAAUGGUGUUUGUGUUAUUUGGAAAGGCUGGAUAGAUCUCCAAAGACUGGAUGGCAUGGGCUGCCUAGAGUUUGAUGAAGAGCGGGCACAGCAGGAGGAUGCAUUGGCACAGCAGGCUUUUGAAGAAGCUCGGCGGAGAACUCGCGAAUUCGAGGACAGAGACCGGUCUCAUCGGGAAGAAAUGGAGGUGAGAGUUUCACAGCUGCUGUCAGUCACUGGCAAGAAGACAGCAAGACCCUAGCCCUGGAUCAAACCUAGGAAGUGGCGAUGAUCUGAAACUACGUUAAAAGAAGUGACCAAUGAGCCACACGUGCUUUUUAAUCUUGGCAAGAUGGAAUUAAAUGACCAGAAACUGUGAUAACUUGGGUAUAUACGAUAGUCUAUUCCCUCACCUGCGGCAGCCAAAUUAUCAUGUACUGCCAUGGUUUGCACUAUGUUUGUGUUACAAUACCUGCAUUUCUGUUCUUUAAGCCUGUCGCCAGUUUGAAUUUGAGAUUUUUGUUUUGCUAUGCAAGCUUAUAAUUUUGUUGGCACUAUUUUAGUGAAGACAGAACUUUAUGCAGCUAUAAAAAACAAUUCUUUAACUGUAAUAUUCAUUUCAGAAUAGGUCAAAACAUUGCAGAAUAAAGGUUUUUGUGAAUUUACUAUAAGCCAAAACUUUCUAAACUA